GUCGUGGAAGCACGCAACUUUCCGCGCCGCGCGGCAUCCGAUUUCGAUUGUUCGCUGAUUUGUUAUGUCUUCUCGGGACGCUUCUAAGAAUAAAGAGCCGCCGGAAGAGGUCGUAGAUGUCAAAAAUAAGAAGAAAUAUACGAGGGGAAGGUUCCUAGGAAAGGGUGGAUUUGCUAAAUGUUAUGAACUUACUGACCAAUCCACCAAGGCGAAGUAUGCUGGUAAAGUCGUUCCGAAGGCUGCGCUGGUUAAGGUAUCACAAAAGGAAAAAAUGCAGCAAGAGAUAGCUAUUCAUAAAACUCUGAGCCAUGAAAAUGUCGUCGGAUUUCACGGCUAUUUUGAGGAUUCUGAUUUCAUUUAUAUAGUUCUCGAGUUGUGUAACAGAAGGUCUCUACUCGAGCUACACAAGCGGCGGCGAUUUAUUUCUGAACCAGAAGCCCGCUAUUUCCUCCGGCAAAUCAUUCACGGCUGUCAGUAUUUGCACAAAAAUAAAGUGAUGCACCGUGACCUGAAAUUGGCCAAUCUUUUUCUUAGCGACGAUUUAGUUGUAAAAAUCGGCGAUUUUGGGUUAGCAUCUCGCAUUGUUCAUGACGGUGAGAAGAAAAAGACCUUGUGUGGUACUCCGAAUUAUAUUGCGCCGGAGGUUCUGACCAAGGGCGGCCACAGUUUUGAAGUUGAUUGCUGGUCUCUGGGUUGUAUUCUGUAUACCCUACUGGUCGGAAAUCCACCUUUCGAGACGAACAAAUUGGAGGAGACAUAUACUCGGAUCAAACUGAACGAGUACAAAAUUCCAUACCGUGUUUCUGCUCCCGCAUCCAGAUUCAUUCGAGCGCUACUCCAUGCCGAUCCGGCAAUGCGCCCUAGCAUGUUCAAAAUGUUGGAUGAUGAAUUUUUCAAAGGUUACACGCCCACUUGCCUCCCGGUCAGUGCCCUGACAACCUGUCCCCGGUUCGACGCCCAGUUAAAUAUCCCUGUGGGCCGCCGUCCGCUUUCGGACAUAAAUCCUGUUGAAGAUGUUCCCAUCACUCAUGGCGGCGGUUCUCUUCUGAAACCAGUCAACACUCAAAUGGACUGUCAACCAGAUGAUUGCUGGCUUAGCGAUUUAAGAAAGGAGUUGAAAACCCUAUUGACUACUGCGAAGGUAUUGGAAGACUGUAAUUGCAUGGCGAUGGAAGAGAGUGAAGACCCGGCCUGCUGUCCUGUAUACUGGAUUAGCAAAUGGGUGGAUUAUUCGGAUAAAUAUGGUCUAGGUUAUCAGCUAUGUGACAACUCAAGUGGAGUUGUCUUUAACGACGUGACUCGUCUGAUACUCGCUGCCAACUUGGAAAAUCUCCAGUACAUCGACCAAGAUGGCACAGAAAAUUUUUUCACAGUUACAAAUCACCCUGAUUCGAUCGAAAAGAAAGUCACCCUGCUUAAUUAUUUCAAGACCUAUAUGCAGGAAAAUCUAUUAAAAGCCGGUGAGAACGUUCCUCGUCGUGAUUCGGAUGAUCUGGCUCGUCUUCCUUUCCUUCGGCGCUGGUUCCGCACUCGUUCUGCCAUGGUUUUGCAUCUCAGCAACGGCACUCUCCAAAUCAAUUUCUUCGAGGAUCACACCAAAAUUAUUCUGUGCCCAUUAAUGCGCGCUGUGACAUACAUUGAUACCAAAAGAGAUUUCAAGACUUACCAGUUCCAGUUGCUUUUACAGAACGGCAUCAUUCCAGACCUUAUUGGAAGACUUGAGUAUGCUGUUGCAAUGAUCGAGAAGUUGAGCGCUCCGUUGACGCAUAGUGGUGGUCCUUCCACAAAAUCAUCCGUCCCCACAGAAACAGCUGCCAAGGUCUCCGCUUCCAUUCCGACUGGCAAUCGUAAACCCCCACUUCCUUCCGACACUGCUCCCCGAGCCAAUAACAUCAACCCAUCAAGUUGAUCCUAAUUGCCGGUUACGCACCUGCUCCAAUGAAGUCUUUGUGUUGCGAUUUUAUAUCCCAGUGCUAUGGAUUAUGGUGGCUUCACUUUUGAAGAUUUGAGCUACUGGAAAUGUCCCCUCUGAGCAACACAUUUCCUGUUCCUUCACUUUGAGCUUCUUUUCUUCCCAGCUAGUUCUUUAUACGAAUAUCUCAUGCUUUGAAUGACGAACUUUAUCUUGCCAUAAUUGUGUCCAUACAUACGGAACCAAGGACAACGAUGAAUUUGUGGACCUUGGUGUUCCUCCAAUCUUAAGCUUCGAACGUCCAAGCCGCUGUAAUCCUGGAGUUCCGUCCCAUAAAAUCGCGAUAUAAAGUAUCCGGUGAUAUCUCAUCGAUUCCUGUUCAAAAAUUGUAAUAAAGCUGUCUCAGUCUCCGACGACCUGAUACUAUUAUAUUUUUUCAAGCCACUGAACUGCUGCUGCAGUUAGAGAGCUAGAUUGGCGGUUUGGGUUAUUCUGACGAUCGUUUGUGUCUAUAUGUUUCUCACCUAUCUUCCCUUUCCUUUGUUGCCGUGCGUACUUGACUAGCGAUGGAAUACUUAAACAAGCCUUGUAGUCCCAUGAUUAUGGAUUACAAACUAUGGAUUUUAGGAACUACGCGGCUUAUGCUCGUCAUGUUACUGUAAACUUACAAUUUUCCGCCAUCACUGCCUCUUAUUCCAUGUUGUUGAAACCCUGAUUUUGAAUCGCAUUAAACGCUUGUCUUCGCCGCUUGUCAUCUAUUAAUUCGACCAAUCUUUUGAUAGCUUUUACCUGAGCACUGCUUGGCGACCAGCUAAAGUGUUUCGAUACCAGAGUUCUCCAUCCUAGCAUCAUCACCGAUAAUUCCCCCUAUUUUGUAACACGUUACCCAUAUUUUCCCAACAGUUACAUUUAUUGUAAUGCCUAAACGACUUGCUUUAACUGUUGGGUGCUUCAAACUAACUCUCCUAGUACCAACGAUGGAUUCUAACGAAGUAAUUGGUUUGUGU